AUGCCUCGCGGAAACGAACAGCAGACCAAGGUGCACUACAAGGGCAAGGACGAGGACUUCAUUGUCUUUGUGGAGAGCACGGAUGCGGUGAAGCAGUGGAGAGGGGACAAGAGUGUGCCGUUGGCGCAGGUUGUCGGCGGGUGGAAGGUGUUCAUUACGCACAAACACGGCAAUCAGGGCAUCCUUGACACGGCGUCGCACAGCGCGCUCGAGAACGAGUUUGGCACGCACAAGGAGGAGGACGUCGUGCAGCAGAUUCUGGAGAAGGGCGAUUUGCAGGAGAGCGAUGCCAGGGAGCGCCAGGGCGACACCAACAUCACCAAGGGA